AUGAAAAUUUCUGAUGUCGUUAAUGCAAGUCAAAGCAGACUAACAAAUAUACAGUUCUUCACUGGACGUAACCUGAAAUUAUCACCAGCGAAAUCUUCAGCUACACUUUUCACCACCUGGACGAAGGAGGUAAACUUGAACUUAGGCGUCGUAGUCGAUGGAAACCAAAUUCCGACUGUGAACCAUCCAAAGAUUUUGGGGGUCACCUUUGACAGCCUGUUUACUUCCUCAGCUCAUGCCACUGCAAUUACGCACAAAUUGCGAAGUAGAAACAAGGUCCUCAAAGCGCUAGCCGGCAGCACCUGGGGAAUGGACAAAGAAACCUUGUUGGCUACUUAUAAAACAAUUGGCCGGUCAGUGGUCAAUUAUGCUGCUCCAGUGUGGUCUCCAUCGCUGAGUGAUACCCAGUGGAGAAAUAUUCAAAGCUGCCAAAAUGCCGCCCUAAGGACUGUAACGGGCUGCAUGCAAAUAACCUCAGAACAUCAUCUACAUGAGGAAACGAAGGUUCUCCCAGUCAAGGAACAUAAUGUCAUGCUGACUAAACAGUUCCUCCUGGGAUGUCACCGGAGGAGUCAUCCCAACUUUAACAUCACACAGUUGGAUGCUCCCCCGAGGCAUGUCAGGAAGGACCUUCGUGUAUACGAAGAGAGCAUACGUAGUUAUGUUCAGAAUCCCUUAGAUCGGACUUCGUAUACAGCAGCUUUGAACGACAUUCAUAGAGACGCCAUCAAUACCGCGGUUUCAGGUUACCGCAUGAAUGUCGUUCUUGGAGGUCGCCCACCGCCCAUAGCAGAAAUAGAGAAGAACCUGCCGCGUUAA